AUGGCGCAUCCAUCGCCUACAUCCACACCAAAGGCGCAGCUCUGCGUCACAGCGGAAGACGAGCAGUUCGACGAAGAGUUCCUGCAGACCUGGAAGCGGGAGGGCUUCCGAGUGAUCUACAUUCCAUUUCACGCCGAUCGUAAACGAUACGUCGCGGCGCUCGAUGCAGUCAAGAAUGAUUUGGGAGUGAGCGAGGUAUACGCCAUCAUCAGCUUCGGCGACGCAGCAGCAUUUUGUCUAAGCCACUACCUCAAGCUCCCGAACACCAACAAGCUCUGUGCGCUGAUCGCGUACUAUCCGACUGAGAUCCCAGGCCCCGCGAGUCGAUACACGGCCUCGAUGCGAGUCCUCGUGCAUCUCGCCAACCAGACAGUCAACGUGCACUACCCGCCCACCAAGACAGGUCACAAGGGCACCGUCGUGCGCAAACAGGUCGGACCGGGCCUCGGCACGGGGGACCGGCUGGCACUGGGGUACCCUGCGUUCUCGUACGUGGGGGCGCUGCCGGGGUUCGCGGAGCACGAUCUCGAGGAAUACAGUCGCAUCCCGGCGCAGUUGGCGUGGAGCCGCACGUUGACGGCGCUGCAGCGCGGGUUCAAGAAGGAAGUGGAUCUUGAGACGGUCUGGGAUAAUAUGCAAGAGGCGCGCUACUUCUCCACCAACACCUCCUCCCUCCUCCCCUCUCCAUCCCCCAACACAGAAACAGAUACAGAUACCCCCCCACCGCCCUCAGCCCUCUACACCCCAACCCUCCAAGGUGCAACAGGCCACAACCCACUCCAAGACUUCUACGUCACAAACUUCCACGCAAGCAAACCCCCCUCCAUGCGGCUGCAGCUCCUCUCCCGCACCCAGGGCGCCGACAGCCUCGUCGACGAGCUCCUCAUGACUUUCGUCCACUCGCAGCCCAUGCAAUGGAUCCUGCCUGGCGUGCCGCCUACGCAUAAGGAGGUAAGAAUCGUGAUCGUUAGUAUCGCGCGGCUGGGUGGUGGUGACAGCCGGCUCUAUUCUGAGCAUGUGUAUUGGGAUCAGGCGAGUGUGCUUGUGCAAGUUGGGCUGUUGGAUCCUGCGGUUGUUCCUGGGGAACAUCCGGGGCUGAGGCGGCUUCCGGUUGUGGGUGGGGAGGGGGCUGCGGCUGUUUUGGCGGAGGGUGUUGGGGGGGUGGAUUUUGGGGGUGGGGGUUUGAGCUCGGGGUUUGAGUCUGGAUCUGCGUCUGCGUCUGUGUCGCAUCAGAGUGGUGAGGUGGGUGAAGAUGGGGAGCAUGGGGAGGAUGGGGAGGGCGAACUUUCUUUGGAAGGUCUUAAGCUAUCCUCUGGGGGGCAGGGUAGUUGA